AAAUUUGGACUCUCUCUCCUCUGCUUCCUCACUCUCUCUCUCUCUCUCUCUCUCUCUCUCUCUCUCUCUCUCUCUCUCCUUUUCUCUUCUCUGUUGCCGGAGAUUCAGCAAGUGAAGUCCAACACAGUGAGUGAUGGGCGGCGAGCUACGUUACGAGAUCGCACAAAAUGCCUACAUAAAGCUGGUGCUUCACGCUCUCAAGCACAAGACCUCUGCCGUCAACGGCAUCCUCCUCGGCCGCGUCUCCCCCCAGAGCGACGUCGUCGAGAUCACCGACUCCGUCCCUCUCUUUCACUCCCACAUCGGCCUGCUCCCCCAGCUCGAGAUCUCCCUCAUCCUGAUAGAGGAGCACUUUGCUGCUAAAGGAGUGAGCAUUGUGGGGUAUUUCCACGCUAACGAGAGGUUUGACGAUCACGAGCUCGGUGGCAUCGCGAAGAAUGUCGGCGAUCACAUUUAUCGCUACCUUCCUCAAACCGCAAUUCUUUUGCUAGAUAACAGGAAGCUUGAAGCUUUGUCGAAGACGAAGGACCGCAGCCCGGUAGUGCAGAUCUACACAAAGGAUGCGUCGAGGACUUGGAAGCUAGUUGGAUCUGAUGGAAACCAGUUGACCAUCAAGGAGCCAUCAGCAAAUGUUGUUCUACUGGAUUAUAUCUCAACUGAAAAAUGGCAGGAUGUUGUAGAUUUUGAUGAUCACCUUGAUGACAUUAGCAAGGACUGGCUGAACCCAGAACUAUUCAAGUAAUACCUGCCAUCAUCGUCGGCCUUUGGUAUCGCAAAUGGCUUCAUGGUUAACUCAAUUUCUCGUGCUGGGUUUAAGAGGACACACGUGACUUACAAGAGAAUUCAGAUAGAUUUACCUUACUUUCAUUUCUUUCUUGUUUGUAGAAAAUUUCGAGAUGUAAAAAACUGGAUAUCAGUUAUCUUCGCAUACUUUUUACCUUCGACACCAAAGGGUUUCAGUAUAUCGUUGUUUGUGGUAUUGGAACAAAAUUGUCAAUUCAGUUUUGCACCUGAAGUUAUCUUUCCUUUUCAUCAAA